GGCCCGAAGCGUGAGGCGGCGGCGGCGGCGGCGGCGAAGAGAGCUCGAGAGCCGGCGGCAGGAUGGUGGACUACCACGCGGCGAACCAGCCCUACCAGUAUGGCCCCAGCAGCGGCGGCAACGGCGGCGGAGGCGGCGUCGGCGACUACAUGGCCCAAGAGGACGACUGGGACCGCGACCUGCUGCUCGACCCGGCCUGGGAGAAGCAGCAGCGCAAGACCUUCACAGCAUGGUGCAAUUCUCACCUGCGGAAAGCUGGCACCCAGAUCGAAAAUAUCGAUGAGGAUUUCCGAGAUGGGCUGAAACUCAUGCUCCUCUUAGAGGUUAUUUCAGGGGAACGGUUACCUAAACCUGAGCGAGGGAAAAUGAGAGUGCACAAAAUUAACAAUGUAAACAAAGCCCUGGACUUCAUUGCGAGCAAAGGAGUCAAGCUCGUCUCCAUAGGAGCUGAAGAAAUUGUGGAUGGCAAUGCAAAGAUGACAUUAGGAAUGAUUUGGACCAUUAUCCUUCGAUUUGCCAUCCAGGACAUCUCUGUGGAAGAAACCUCUGCCAAGGAGGGUCUCCUCCUCUGGUGUCAGAGAAAGACUGCUCCGUACAAGAAUGUCAACGUGCAGAACUUCCACAUCAGCUGGAAGGAUGGUCUUGCUUUCAAUGCCCUGAUCCAUAGGCACAGGCCAGAGCUGAUAGAAUAUGACAAGCUACGGAAGGAUGACCCUGUCACAAACCUGAACAAUGCUUUUGAAGUCGCUGAGAAGUAUCUGGACAUCCCCAAAAUGUUGGAUGCUGAGGACAUCGUGAACACAGCCCGUCCUGAUGAGAAGGCCAUUAUGACUUAUGUGUCCAGCUUCUACCAUGCCUUUUCGGGAGCCCAGAAGGCUGAGACUGCAGCUAACAGAAUCUGCAAAGUGCUGGCUGUCAAUCAAGAGAAUGAGCACCUGAUGGAGGAUUAUGAGAAGCUGGCUAGUGAUCUGCUGGUGUGGAUCCGACGUACCAUUCCUUGGCUAGAGGACCGUGUGCCUCAGAAGACCAUCCAAGAGAUGCAGCAGAAGCUCGAGGACUUCCGUGAUUACCGGCGGGUGCACAAGCCACCCAAAGUGCAGGAGAAGUGCCAGCUGGAGAUCAACUUCAAUACUCUGCAGACCAAGCUGCGGCUGAGCAACCGCCCUGCCUUCAUGCCUUCUGAAGGCAAGAUGGUGUCGGACAUCAACAAUUCUUGGCAGCACCUGGAACAAGCAGAGAAGGGCUUUGAAGAGUGGCUGCUCAAUGUGAUUCGGCGGCUAGAGCGGCUGGACCAUCUGGCAGAGAAGUUCGGGCAGAAAGCUUCUAUCCAUGAAGCAUGGACUGAUGGUAAGGAGGCCAUGCUGAAACAGAAGGACUAUGAGACAGCCACCCUGUCCGACAUCAAAGCCCUCAUCAGGAAACAUGAGGCCUUUGAGAGUGACCUGGCAGCCCAUCAGGACCGCGUGGAACAAAUUGCUGCCAUUGCCCAGGAGCUGAAUGAACUGGAUUAUUAUGAUUCCCCAAGUGUCAAUACUCGGUGCCAGAAGAUUUGUGACCAGUGGGAUGCCCUUGGCUCACUGACACACAGUAGAAGAGAAGCUCUUGAGAAAACAGAGAAACAGCUGGAAACAAUUGACCAGCUGCACCUGGAAUACGCCAAGCGGGCAGCACCAUUCAACAAUUGGAUGGAGAGUGCAAUGGAAGACCUACAAGACAUGUUCAUUGUCCACACCAUCGAGGAGAUUGAGGGCCUCAUUGCAGCCCAUGACCAGUUCAAAUCCACCCUGCCGGAUGCCGACAAGGAGCGAGAGGCUAUCCUAGCCAUCCAUGGGGAAGCCCAGAGGAUUGCCGAAUCUAACCACAUCAAGCUGUUAGGGAGCAACCCCUACACCACUGUCACCCCCCAGAUCAUCAACUCCAAGUGGGAGAAGGUUCAGCAGCUGGUGCCAAAGCGGGACGAUGCCCUGCUGGAAGAGCAGAGCAAGCAGCAGUCCAAUGAGCGCCUCCGCCGGCAGUUUGCCAGCCAGGCCAACAUUGUGGGGCCGUGGAUCCAGACCAAGAUGGAGGAAAUCGGUCGCAUUUCCAUUGAAAUGAACGGUACCCUGGAGGACCAGCUGAACCACCUGAAGCAGUACGAGCAGAGCAUCGUGGACUAUAAGCCCAACCUGGACCUCCUGGAACAGCAGCACCAGCUCAUCCAGGAGGCCCUCAUCUUUGACAACAAGCACACCAACUAUACCAUGGAGCACAUCCGCGUGGGCUGGGAGCAGCUCCUCACCACCAUUGCCAGAACCAUCAAUGAGGUAGAGAACCAGAUCCUGACCCGGGAUGCCAAAGGCAUCAGCCAGGAGCAGAUGCAGGAGUUCCGGGCCUCCUUCAACCACUUUGACAAGGAUCACGGCGGGGCGCUGGGGCCUGAGGAGUUCAAAGCAUGUCUCAUCAGCCUGGGCUACGAUGUGGAGAAUGACCGACAGAAGCAGACUGGCAGCAUGGACGCUGACGACUUCCGAGCUCUGCUUAUCUCCACAGGAUACAGCCUGGGCGACGCGGAAUUCAACCGCAUCAUGAGCGUUGUGGACCCCAACAACAGCGGCAUUGUGACAUUCCAGGCCUUCAUCGACUUCAUGUCCCGAGAAACCACUGAUACAGACACAGCCGACCAAGUCAUUGCUUCCUUCAAGGUCCUGGCCGGAGAUAAGAACUUCAUCACGGCGGAGGAGCUCCGGCGAGAGCUGCCCCCAGACCAGGCCGAGUACUGCAUUGCCCGCAUGGCUCCAUACCAGGGCCCAGAUGCCGCUCCUGGAGCCUUGGACUACAAAUCCUUCUCCACAGCCCUGUAUGGCGAGAGUGACCUGUGAGCCAGGUGCUCCCCCUCACCCUGCCGCCCCCUCGCUGAGGAGACACAGCGACCAAACCACCCUCCCCGGCCUCCAUCUCAGGGAGGCUGGGGCAGCCCCAAGCCCCCUCCUCCCGCCAGGGGCUGGCUUGCUAUAGUCCAGUUUUCUCUUACCUGACCGGGUAUCUAUGCAAAGUGAGCUCUCUCCCUCCCUCUCUCUUCUCUCCUUUUCUUUUCUUUUGGUGGGAGGGGGGGGGGGGAGGGGCAGGAUCUCUCUUCUCUCUUAGGUGAUUGGCCAGGAGUUCCCCAGCCUGGGGCAGGGGUAAUGGUUGAAAGGGGAAGUUUAGAGUAAAUCAUUCUGGUCUCUUAUAAAUAUAUAUAAUAUAUAUAUUUUUUAAACUAAGCUGAGGUGAGACCCUCAUAAAAUGAAGACUGGCCUCCCUCCCCAAGCCGUACAGCCUCACAAUAACCUGUUUCCUCAGUCACGGGCACACACCCCCACUCCCCACCCAGUGUGGGAGUGCACACACUAUUGCCCUUGGCAUCCCAGCAAAUAAACUCUUCCCCUCCUCCACAAGGUCCUAUUAUAGCUUGUUCCCUUCAGGGCCAAAGACCACGUGCCUUGUCUAGGAACCCCCUUGGGUCCAAUUCUCUGAUGGGACAAAGGGAUGGGGAGGCAACCAGGAAUCCUCAGAAUUCGGGUUCAUUGGUGACUGCCCCCAGGUUGGGCACCUCCUCAGCGACUUCCAGAGAAGGGCUGCCCUCCGCCUCCUCUUCCUUUAAGCUAUUUUGGUUUCUUUUCAUCUCCAUUCCCUCUCACCUCCCUCCCCUUCCCCUCCUUCCCCCUAAAGAUGCUUAAAGAGGGAUAGACUGCAAGCAGAUCAGCUUAGAUCAUGGUCAUUUAUUGGUGUUUGGGAGUUUGGGGCUGGGAUGGAGAGGAGUGGUGCUAGGGGAGGAAAAGUCACAGAGGAUGGGGACUCUACCGUGUGUCAUGAGAAUGGGCAUGAGCAUCGUGUACUCAGACCCAGCUUGACAGACUACCCCUUGCUAUGCAUCUCACUCUCACUUUGACUGGACUCUGUCCCUCAGCAAGUUUUCUAAGGACCAAAAAAUUAAAAAAAUUAAAAAAAAAUUAAAUCCCCACAAAAAACUUUUAAAAUAAUUAAAAACUUUCAGAGAGUUACUAUUUACUUUAUUAACUUACGGAUUUAUUAUAUAAAUAUAUAUUCACCUAGCAACAUAUAUUUGCCGUCUUUCUUGGUCUUGUAAUUAAGAUAUCAGCUGAUUAUAAUUCCCCUCUGCCUUUCCUUCACACCUUUAUUGUUUUGCCUCUUCCUCUUCGUUGUCUUUUGUCAGGGACUAGUCUUUGGGAAUUUCCCCCUGACGGGAGGGUCUGGGGGCCUGGCUUAUGGGAAAAAAAGGCUGGGCUGGCUGCUUCUCUGUUUGUGGUUUUGUUCUUUCUUUUUUUGGCGUUCAAGCGCAUUAAUUUUUUUCUGGAAAAACCUCAACAGGACAAUAAAAUGUGUAAUAUUUUUAAGAACGAUU